AUGGCACAAUUCUGGGACAGCAUCAGCAGCGCGUUCGGCCGCUCACCCAGUCUCUCAGAAUCUGCAGACGAUUAUCUCCCACCUACACCAAGCGGUAAGCGUAAGGCCAGCACUGCACGACGACCAGCUCGACCGAGCAAAAUCCGGCGCCAUAGCACUCCGCGCUCAUUCCUUUAUGAGGAGAUUCCUGAGGAAUAUGAACAGAGCCCUCGUAUUACGGGCUUCAUCGGGCAUAGGAAUAGUCUGGACCGCGAGCCGCUUGGACGUUCCUCUGCACGAAAAGGCUCGGCAUAUGGAGGGUCGCGUACCAGCCAGAGGCGCCAUUCUGAACCACAGGACUCAGCGUACGGGGGCUCUCCCACCUUCCAGCGCGGACCACCAUCAACCCCCUGGAGACGCGGUUCGAUUAAUUCGCCUCGACAGCCAGGCGUGAGCUAUCUCAGCGGUUCGAAGAAAGUCGUGGAGAGCGUCUUUCCCACGGUUACACACGGUGAAGUAGCAGAGUCGGAGAAGCCUGUGACCACCGAAGCAGUCAUACAGGCUCAAAUACUCGCGAAUUACGAUGAUGACUCCGAUAGUGAGCUCAGUGAGGGUGAAUGGGGUCGCAAACAUUUCGGACCAGCGCCUUGGGUCAGGCAACAGCUCCACAUGGAGCCGGUAGCUAGACCGGAGGAUCAUUCCGAUGACCGGUUUCGACUGAGGGUAAAUCCUAAGUUCGUCGCAACACCUCGUCCUGAGUCCCUCCCCGAAAAAGGCACUGGGACGCCUGGGCCCAAGCUUGUAUUGUCCUCUGGGCCUGACACCAAGUUUCAGCCUGUCUCCCAGAUUAAGCCUCCCAUAUUGAAGAAGCCUGUGAAAGGGACGGCUGUCAAGCCUGUCACCAAGUCUAUCACCAAACCCGUCACCAAGCCCGUCACUAAGUCUACCAUCAAACUCGUCUCAGAGCCUGCGGUCGAGCCUCCUGAGCACAUCAAAGAACGGACAGCUGCGCCCUCGCGGCGUCUCCGCAACAUCAUGAAAGAAUACGGUGAGCACCCUAGUUCAUGUGUAGGACAGGUUCUAGAGGAGCUCCAAGAGCCAGUUUAUUCGCUCCGCGAUGUCGAGGUCCGUGACAUGAUGUGGCAGAUUCAGGAUGGAAUGGAAGACAUUGCAGGUUUCUUCAAGGGCAGCUUACCUGCAUCUUGGGCGGAGAGCAAAAGCAAGACCCUGGCCCGGUUAUAUUUCGACGAGGAUAUGAGGGACGUGUCGACGGCGCGGGUCAUGAAGUGUGUGGCAGGCGGCAGAUGGAAGGAUGAAGGAGAAUGGCACGACAUCUUUGCAGACACCAACAAGAGACGUGCACUCGUAUGCGGCAUUAUCGGCAAUGUGCUCGUCGAGCAGGUCUUCAAGCACCCCUUCUUCGGCGGCGACGAACAAACUAUCGACGCACUCUUCAAUGUUCAAAAAGAACUCCGAGAAGACGAAGCCUUCGCCCGCAAAUUCGCCAGUGCCUCGCUCCUCCGCACCCCUCUCUUCGGCAAUCCCCCAGACACCAGCAUCCUCGAGCCCCCAGAAAACCUUACCAAGCACGUUGCGGCCGUCGUCGCCGCGCUCGACGCCCACCUCCGCCCCCUGCUGCACAGAUUCCUUCCUCUUUUUCAAGGCCCGAAAGCCAAGGACAGCGUCCAUCUCCUCUUCAUCGAACGCCUCACUCGCCUCGUCGGCACCGCCGCCCUCCUUUCCCUCCAAAUGGCCGCAGAUCCUCUUACAGUGUAUUACUUCACUCCAGUUGCGAAAGGCGAUCGCUUCGAGCCCGAGGCGCACGAAGCGGUCAAUGAGAAGGACAUGGAGCGUACGCAUCCGCGCAGCCUGAAGACUACCUUCCCUUCUGAGGAGGCGAGGAGGCGCGCAAGGAAUGAUGAAGCGGUCAUCAGUAUGGUGCUCAUGCAUGGGCUCACUGCGUAUCGUAAGGGCGGGUGGGAGGCGCCGGAGAGUGAUCCGGAUUGGGAUGGGGAGAUAGUUGUGGGAAGGUUGUAUGCGAAGGAGGAGUAUGGGGAGAUGGGAUAUAGGGCGAGGUUGUUGACGCGUGGGUGGGUAUUUUGUAAGUGGGGGAGGGCUGAGAGGUUUGAGGGCGGAAAGGUGGGUGUGAAGAGGGGCGAGUGA